CCCUUUAUGGCAUCUAGGACAGAUUUGUCCUGCUUCGCUUGCUCUACACUUGGCAGUAUAACUGGUCACCUGUUGAUGUCCUUGAAACAAGUUGCAAAGAGGACACCAAGAUCGGACAGUGACGGGAAAAGUCUGCAAAAUGAGACCUUGUCUGACUUUGGCACGUGGCUUCACACGAAGCUUCUCCACUUCCAGUCGGAGUCAAAUCCAGAACCGUGUUAUUGAGAAGCAGAAGAUAUUCCAGGCGGACAAUGACUUACCUGUUCACCUGAAGGGAGGUGCAACUGACGCCAUUUUAUAUCGUAUAACUAUGGGGAUCAGUAUUGUGGGAACAUGUCUCUCCAUCUUUUAUCUGUUCAAAGCAGCCCUGCCAAAGAAGGCAAAGUGAUACCAGAUUUCUGAGAGUGGAAGGAGGGUUAAAAAAAAACCAAUAAAGUCUGAAAAAAUGGG